CGGUGCGCGCGGUCCCUUGCUCGCCAGCCCCGGGCGGACGCUGCCCGCUCCCGGGCCAUGGGCCGUGCGGAGACCCCGAAGAUCUGAGCUGGUCUGGGGACGAUGCGUUGCUGGGGACGCUUUGUGCCAGUCAACAUCCAGAGAAGAGAGCGGAGCAUCCCCGCAGGGGGCCAGGAGCAGCCGGGACCCCCGCACCUCGGAGCCUGCCCAGGGUUAAAGGAAAACUUUGCAGCCCUGAAUGGAGCUUUUUAAUAUGAAACUUAAUGGAAUUAUCUGCACCCCAGAGCACUAUGGAGCAAUUUUCAGCAUGGGAAAGAAAUUGUGUUGUGUGUCUGGUGAUAGAAAAUCGUCUCUCAUUUUGUAGGCAUGACACGAAAUAUAUAUCUAAUGGGGUAGUACCCCCUUGGCGCCAAACAUCUACUUAUAAUCUGAAUGGACAUGCUGGAGCUCUAAGUAAAAGAAGCAUGAAGGCAGUAGUGACAGGAGGCGGAGGCUACUUUGGAUACAGUCUGGGUUGUGCUCUUGCCAAAUCAGGAGCCUCAGUUAUCCUGUAUGAUAUACAAAAACCUCCUUCGGAAGUUCCUAAUGGAGCAGCGUUUAUUCAGGCAGAUGUGAGAAAUUAUGAUGCCCUAUUUGCAGCUUGUGAGGGGGCUGACUGUGUGUUUCACAUAGCAUCCUAUGGAAUGUCAGGACUAGAGCAACUACAAAGAAAACAGAUUGAAUCCAUAAAUAUUGGUGGAACAAAAUUCAUCAUUGAUGUUUGCAAACAAAGAAAUGUCCCGAGAUUGGUAUAUACUAGUACAAUAAAUGUGGUGUUUGGAGGGAAUCACAUUGAAGAAGGUGAUGAGGAAACUGUGCCAUAUUUCCCACUAGAAAAGCAUAUUGACCAUUAUUCCAAGACCAAAUCAAUUGCAGACCAAAUGGUACUAGCAGCUAAUGCAAGUCUACUCUCAGGAGGAGAUAAACUUCGUACAUGUGUUCUUCGCCCACCAGGCAUCUAUGGGCCCAAAGAGCAAAGACACCUGCCACGAAUAGCACGGAAUAUUGAAAGGGGUUUUUUUCGCUUCAGGUUUGGGGAGCCCACUGCUCAAAUGAACUGGGUUCAUGUAGAAAAUCUUGUACAAGCUCAUAUUUUAGCUGCUGAAGCGCUCACCUCUGAAAAGAACUAUAUAGCUAGUGGUCAGGCAUAUUACAUAAACGAUGGCGAGAAUGUCAACCUUUUUGAAUGGAUAACUCCACUAUUUGAAAAAUUAGGCUACAGUCAACCAUGGAUACGUAUUCCUACUUCCUUAGUUUAUGCAGCAGCCACAACAAUUGAAUAUCUGCAUUUCACAUUGAGACCACUUCUUGAAGUGUCACCUUUGCUGACCAGAAAUGAGGUGUGGAACGUCGCUGUAACUCACACUUUCCGAAUAGACAAGGCACGUAAUCAGCUAGGGUACUGCCCAAAGAAGUUUGCAUUUGCUGAUUCUGUGGACCAUUUUAUUAAAACAAGACCAAAAUCCCAGAAUCAUCACUUCUUCCUGAAAAUCUUGCUUUCUUUCAUUGCCAGCCUCUUAAGUUUAAUUUUGCUUUCUUUUAAAUUUGAAAGCCUUUCAGUUAUGCAGUUCUUCAAAGAAAACCAACAUUAAGAUAUGUAACUUGGUUUGUACUAAGUCACACUACAGUUCUGUGCCCACAUGGGCUGCAUUAGGCUUUGUAGUAGUUAUUGGCUUUGACAUAGCAGACUGGCAGCUAAUUUUAGACUUAAACCAAAAAUGUGGUAUAUCAGUAGCUGCUCUUAGAAAGUUAAAGGACUGUACGAUCCCAAACACAAAGGAGAUCACCACUGAAAAAAUGCAGGAAUU